UUCCUCAGACUCGGAUCAGAUCAGAUGGCUCGAAUUCUCUCCUCCCAAACCCUACUCCAUGCUCGGAAAUCCAUCCCUUUCUCGCCUUCUUCCCAUCGCCUCUUGAAUCUUCGAAACCGCUCGAACCGAUCCGAGAAAUCGCCGCAAUCUGCACAGCUGAUCGAGGUAGAUCUCGAAUCGGACGCCGAGAUCGAGGUCCUCGGGAUGCGGCGCCUCGAGGACGCCAUCCACGGCAUCAUCGUCCGACGAUCCGCGCCUGAUUGGCUCCCAUUCAUCCCAGGAUCGUCUUACUGGGUCCCACCACGGGCCCGGCCGCUCGGUGUCGUUGAGCUCGUCGGUCGGCUUGCCAACCCCCUGACGGAGGAGGAGACACUGUCGCUGUCAACUGUCCGGGGUUGGCCCUCCGCAUCAUACUUCGUUGAAGGUGCGUCACCACAUCCAGUGAAGAGAAGAUCAAAGAAAAAGACCUCGCACUCUGAGGAUGAAGAAGGCUGAGUUGCAUUUGACAAAAAUUAGCAUCAUGGCUCCGCUGCUUUGUAUAUAUUCGAGGUGUGGAGGGCUGCAGCAACAGAAGGGGAGGGGGGAGAGCUGUAAAGAUGAAAGAUGGUUGGUGACAAUGACCUGGAACGGUACAUCUGUUCCCAAGUCUCUUAAUUUUAAAAAAGAAAAAAGAAAAAGAAAAAAUCUCUCCGAAAUGAUGCCUCACAAAGACAGUUCUGCCUUGUUUGUAUUUGACUCUCAUGUUUGCUUUCUCCACAUAAAAUGUAUUAGCUAUAUAUUCAAUCUCUCCCUUAGUUGCAGCA